GCGCAUGUAUGAUGUAUUAUGUUUACUAGAUGUUCGCAGUUAUGAGGGGACUAAAAAAUCAAAUUAAUCAGGGUAUUAUAUCUUUCAAAAACGAAUAGUUUUUUACUUCGAUCAAAUUAGAAGACCUCUUCAUUAUUUGAAACAAAUUUCUUACCAGAAAACGCCUCUAUGAAAGGAGCUAUGGAAUUAAGAGUUGGGAAUAAGUAUCGGCUUGGGAGGAAAAUUGGUAGCGGAUCCUUUGGUGAUAUUUACCUUGGAACCAACAUAACUACAGGUGAAGAAGUUGCUAUCAAAUUAGAAUGUAUCAAAACCAAACAUCCACAAUUACAUAUCGAGAGCAAGUUUUACAAAAUGAUGCAGGGUGGAGUUGGCAUACCAAUCAUUAAGUGGUGUGGUUCAGAAGGUGACUACAAUGUUAUGGUCAUGGAGCUACUUGGGCCGAGCUUAGAAGACCUCUUCAACUUUUGUAAUCGUAAAUUUAGCCUUAAAACUGUACUACUUCUAGCUGAUCAACUGAUUAGCCGAAUAGAGUACAUCCACAGCAAAAACUUCAUCCAUAGGGACAUUAAACCAGACAACUUUCUGAUGGGAUUGGGAAAGAAAGGAAACCUGGUGUAUAUUAUAGACUUUGGUCUAGCUAAGAAGUACAGAGACUCUCGUACCCACCAGCACAUACCUUACAGGGAAAAUAAAAAUCUGACCGGAACUGCUCGAUAUGCCAGUAUAAAUACACAUUUAGGCAUAGAACAAAGCCGGCGAGAUGACUUAGAAUCAUUAGGCUAUGUUUUGAUGUACUUUAAUCGUGGCAGUCUACCAUGGCAAGGCUUACGAGCUGCCACCAAACGACAGAAGUAUGAAAGAAUCAGUGAAAAGAAGAUGUCUACCCCAAUAGAUGAACUGUGCCGGAGUUUUCCAUCGGAGUUUUCUACUUACCUUAACUACUGCCGGUCUCUUCGUUUUGAUGAAAAGCCAGAUUAUUCAUAUUUGCGACAACUAUUGAGAAAUCUCUUUCACAGACAAGGAUUUACUUAUGACUAUGUGUUUGACUGGAAUAUGCUAAAGUUUGGAGGAAACAGGAAUCAUCAGGAGCAGCAAGAGGACCAAGAAAGAAGAGAUCGGCAUCACCAGCACACUAGCAACACUUCCCGAGCUGCCUUGCUGGGACCAACGACGGGCAGUAGUAGCAGGUUACGGGGAGCUCCUGAUUCGGCUAGUCCUGGUACUGGACGAUCUCUCAGUUUGCAUCCUACUCCUCCUGCCAACACGGCACAGGCUGCUAUGGUGCCACCAGUCACUGCUCCUCUCCCACUUCUUAAUCCUGUGCCUGUAGGUGUGACCGUGAGGUCUCGCACACGCUCUUCGCCACGAGCUGCUCUUCCCAGUCACGAGGGUGCCACACAUAGGUGACCAGAGUAAUCCGUAAAGUCUGUAUUUUAUCGUUUUCAAUGGUCAAGGGACCCAAAGUUUUUUUGUAAGAGAAGGAAGCUGGUAGUAAAGUUGUUUUUUGUAGGCAGCAUUCUAAUGAGACAGAGUUUUCAUGAUGAUUUCUUAGGACAGGUUUGAAAGGUAGGCUUUUUCAGGUUACAAAAUGGUGGGAUUAAAACAUCUGGAAGAAGUGCUUCCAUUAACUGGUCAACGCUAAUUCUUCGUAACACGUUAUCAACAACAGUAGCGGGGUCUUUGAGGUGAUAUAGCAGUGCACAUCUUGUCAUUGGAGGAAAGCCAUGAAGUUGACUUUUUUUUUUCAAAUCUUAUUUUUUUAUGAUUUUUAUGUUAUAAAAAGAUUCACAUAGUGUGUGUGGUUAU